GAGCAAGGGUCUGAAAGAAAAGAAUACAGAGAGCUGAGAGGAGGAAGGGAAGAAACAAAGAAAAUACAGAGGGUUUAGGGGUGAUAGACACCCCUCACCAACAUGAUUAUCAAUGCAUGGCAUUACCUUGUCUAUCUCUACGGAAUGGUAAUCGACUCUCUCAGUGUCUGUGACACCAGUGAACGCCUUUCAGCCUAUGGAAUCAACAGGACGCAGUUCCCCUUGCAGUACAUGGGAAGAUGGUAUUUUCUGGCAGCCGCUUCGUCCCCUGGAACAGACGCUCUCAAAAUCUUCACACUGAUGGAUAACGCAGAGUUUGCAGUGCACGGCAGUGACAACCAAGAUAGCCUGAUUUUUAGAGCAGCAAUAAGAGCUAAGGACGGGUCCUGUAUUCCUAGAAAGUGGAUUUACCUAUUGACAGAAAAUAGCACUGAUCUGAGGACAGAAGGGCACCCAGACAGACUAACUGAGCUUUUUGCUUCUCGUUGCCCACAUUGUGCCAUUCUGAAAGAGACAGAGAACAGCACUUCCAGACUCCUCCUCUACUCACGGUUUCCUCAGUUGGAAGAAGAGUUUAUGGAUGAAUUUAGAGAUAAAUCAUCUUGCGAAGGUUUCAAAGAUGUUCUGAAGAUUCCUCAAAAGAAAGAGUAUUGCCACCUGGUAGAUGCAGGGAGCUAACCCAUAAACUGAUGCACCAACAAUAUUAUCACCCUGAUUGUGGACAGCGUUAUAUGCCAGCAGUAAUUAUUGCAGUGUUAAUAAAAAGAACUUAAAUCA